AAGUGGUAUCCUUGGGCAGUGCUAUGGCACAGAAGAGAACUUGUUCAGAUGGCGGGCUCUGCGUGCUGUCACAGACGAACGGAGGCAAUACAAGUCUUCGUUUCAGAUUGUCCGAAUGCGCAAUGACCAGAAAAUGACAAUAUACCUUUUCGACCCGCCAUCCCCACCCGAGGGCUAUUUUGAUUCCGCUCCUCGGGCAGAUGUUGGAGAACUCGUCGAUGUAAGGGUUCUGCUGAUCGCAGCAAGAAGAUCGCGGGAGGACUAUCACCUGUGCGGUCAACUAAUGACUUAUCUCGGUGGACAAACACGAGGAUACUGACAUCCUGUAGAUCGGCUGUACUUGGUAUCCUGAUUACCUGUAAACAUCGCCAGCCAACUGUCGUCUAUAUGCACUGCGGACGCUCGUGACGGCUACGGCCUAACGAUAGAGACGGGUACGGAUAGCGGCUGACUUUGGAGGCCAAUGGGUCUGUCAUCCCUCGGUUCGAAUUGCAAUUCCAGCCGCAUAUAAUGCUGCGCCAUUGCUCGCACAUGGAGCAUUACAUUAUAUCGACCACAACAAGCUACGCGCCACGCUCUACACCUAUAAUAUGACCAACGCGGUUGCAACCAAUGUGGAUUCUAAGGAGAUACGUCGGAGCGCACGAGCUCGCCGUCGGACUGCACAACUAGCACCCGCCGACACCGACAUUUUCCGACCUUCAUCUUAUAACACCCCCGACCUCGUUCACGAACCUGCAGGACCAAUUGACUACAAACCGAAGCCCAAAACACGCAUCAACAUUGGCAAACGUAAAGCACAAGCUGCCGACCUUUCCGGGCCUGAACUAGUGGCGAAGCGCCCCCGCCACCAACGCUACCAACAAGUUCAAGCUUCCCAAGAUCCGCUUUCGAGUUCUCCUUCCUCAUCGAAAAGACAUGGUACAACGACCACGUUAGGUUCAGCGUCAUCCACGCUAGUGUCGCCACGGCCGUCAGAGGCAAAGGAGAUCCUGCGACGUGCGCGGGAGACUAUACGCCUCAAUUCCAAAUCGCCUGGUCACCCACCGUUCCUGAUGGACACCGUCUUGAAUUCACAAGCCCCCAACACCGCCAACCUAGAAGAACUGCUAACAGAAGCUUUGGACCAUAAGCUUGGCCGGUCUUUUCACCCCGACGCUGCGCACUACAGGAACGAUUAUUGGACGAACGAACCUUAUUUAUGGCGUGGCGUAGCGGUGGAACCAUUGGACCUGUCACCUAGGAAGAUCUAUCAUGUCUCUGCGGAACGAUCGACAGCCUCUUGGGAUUCAACGUUGGAUGGCGAGGACUCGCAUGACCGCGUGUUGGAAGGUCGACGAUGCACCUACGAAUGCGACUGCGGGUAUGCGUGUUCCUCUCGGUCUUCUCCGCGAGGUUUCUCCUUGGCCAAAUAGGAUCGAGGAUUUCCCUUGGAAGUCUAGCAUUGUUACACUGCUUAACGGGGAUGCGGUAUGUAUUUGUCUUUCGGCCAGGCUCAUCGAUGGCCCUUGGGGGCUUGUGAUUCAUGGGUGCACCACCAUGUACGGUUUAUGUCUAUCUCUUCACACCCUGAUAUGAUAAUAAAUGACAUGUAUUUGCUUUCGAA